CAACAGAGUCUAGUGCAACAAAACCAACUCCGAGCCCCCAUGUAUCGCCGAUGAACUCGGAUACUUACUUCAAGCUACUCAAAAAGUCCCAAGUCGUUGAGCAUUUAGUGCAGUUGAGCUCGCAUGUUGGUCAAAGUGAGCAACAAGUGCGUCGUCUUCAGAGUGAACAAGCACGAGCUCAAUGCGUACAGGACCGAGUAUUCGCCGAACUUGAGAGAUAUCGUCGCCAGGUCGUCGACGUGCAGCAUCAAUUCUUAGGACUAAUCGAAGCUCUUACAGCGCUGUGCAUGCGAGAAGAAGAGUUCCAACUUGUCACCGCUGACAAACCUGAUGAUCUUGGACGUCAUGACGCUAUUAGCGCAGAAGACCAGACACUCCUGGACUUGCAUCGUGCUUCUUCACCAGGUACAGAGUCAACUUCUGCCUCGGGUUCCACACUGGAGACACAGGCACUGGCCGCUGUCGGUCGUCAACGAGUACAGCAACUUGAAGUUAUUUGCGCGCGGUACGAGCGACAACUCGUUGGUUCUGAGACUGCACUCUCGCAAGCAAUUUACUCCGAUGCCGCACGAGAAAGCGCAGCGAAGAUCGUGCAACUAGAAGCGAAAAACCAGCACCACGAAGCUGACAACCAGGCACUCCAAGCUCAGCUGGAACUUGCACGGGGACAAGUUGCACAUUUACAGGAACAACUCGCACAAAGCCAAGAGCGUCGAACCACACUCGAACACGUGAAGCAGCAACUUGAACAAGAACUCACAAGACAUAUAACAGCAAUACAAAGGUUCGCUGCGGAUCUACAGACAGAGCUGCGCAGACGUUACGGUGUUGUGCCUUCAGUUCUGGAGUUGAAAUGGCAGCACUACUUCCCUCGACUGAGUCGGCCAUUCUAA